AUGCCAGUGCAACUGGUGAUAGGCAGCCCGAGGCCAUGUUGUUUAGACUGUGAUAAUGCGGGGCGAGUUAGACACAGCCCGCAGGCAAACGCCCCUCUGUGGCUGAGAGGUUGUGUAUCCCAGACUGCCGUAAGACCGUUCCCCAUGGCACAUGAAAAAAACAAAAAGAACCCCAGAUCCGUUGUACUUCUCAGGAGUUGCAAAGAUUUGCAGUAUUGGAGGCAUCGUAUUUCAGCCCUGUGACAGCACACAGCUUAGCUCUGAGUGGACGGCAGCUCUCAGCUGCGUCUCCAGCUGCUGCUGACGUGGCAGGGAACUUGUCUGCAUCUGACUAAAGGCCGUCCCGCGCUGCCUUGUGGGCUGAGCCCGCCCUGCCCUGCCCUGCCUUCACCACUCAACAUCCAUAGCAUAGUCUUUAGCCCUGGUGUUUCCUCUCUGAAAUAGGGUUCCAGUAAAAGGAAUUAACUUUUGUGUACAGUAAAGAUGGGUAGGCGUCACAAGCUCACCCGUGCUGUUUUUCUCCCUUGUCGGCUCACAGGCUGCUGCAGCUGCGACUUGAGACGGACAGGAUGUGGAUGACUAACAUUGUCGCUCUUUGUCUGCUGGCCAUGAUGGCCUCUGCAGAGGACAAGAAGUUGAGCAGCCACGCUACCACGCUGGCUGACAACAGCGCCAAUCUGGCCUUCAGCCUCUACCACACCAUGGCAAAAGACAAAAGUACAGAGAACAUCAUGGUCUCUCCUGUGGUUGUGGCUUCUUCUCUGGGGAUGGUGGCUCUCGGUGGCAAGGACUCCACUGCCUCCCAGGUGAAAACCGUCCUCCGGGCUGACAAACUCAAGGAUGAGCAUCUGCAUUCAGGCCUGUCAGAGCUCCUCACUGAGGUCAGCGACACCAAGACCCGCAACAUUACUUGGAAAAUCAACAACCGCCUGUAUGGCCCCAGCUCCGUCUCUUUUGCUGACGAUUUCGUGAAGAACAGCAAGAAGCACUACAACUAUGACCACUCCAAAAUAAACCUCCGAGACAAGAGAAGCGCGGUGAGCUCCAUCAACGACUGGGCGGCCAAGUCCACCGACGGCAAGCUGCCCGAGAUCACCAGAGACGUUCAGAACCCUGACGGGGCCAUGAUUGUCAACGCCAUGUUCUUCAAGCCCCACUGGGAAGAGAGAUUCCACGACAAGAUGGUCGACACCCGUGGAUUCCUUGUCACCCGCUCAUUCACCGUUGGAGUUUCCAUGAUGCACCGCACCGGUCUGUACGACUUCUACGAUGACACAGAGAACCGCAUCUACGUGCUGAACAUGCCUCUGGGCCAGAAGCAGGCCUCCAUGGUCCUCAUCAUGCCCUACCACCUGGAACCCCUGGAUCGCCUGGAAAAACUGCUGACCAGGAAGCAGGUGGAUACUUGGAUGAGCAAGAUGGAGAACAGAGCCGUGGCCAUCUCCCUUCCUAAAGUCUCUUUGGAAGUCAGCCACAACCUCCAGAAACAUCUGGCUGAGCUGGGCCUGACAGAAGCUGUAGACAAAUCAAAGGCCGACCUGUCUAACAUCUCAGGGAAGAAGGACCUCUAUCUCUCUAAUGUCUUCCACGCCUCAGCCCUGGAGCUGGACAUUGAGGGAAACCCAUAUGACACCAGCAUCUUUGGCACAGAAAAACUUAGAAACCCCAGACUUUUCUACGUAGAUCACCCCUUUAUUUUCCUGGUGAAAGACAACAAGACCAACUCCAUCAUGUACAUCGGCAGAGUAGUCAGACCCAAAGGGGAGAAGAUGAGGGAUGAGCUAUAAUAUUAAUGUUGUGAAUUAUGUCAGGUAGCUAUACAAUAUUUGUGAAAUCGUGGCAGGAAAUUGAGUGUAUGAGUGAACUUGGUAGUGUUUUUUUCUUUUUUUUUCUUUUUUUCUUUUAAGUGUGACUGUUACCUCAAGCACACAUUCCAAUAGACAAUCUGUGGACUGUAUAUUUGAGCAUGCUGAUCUUACACACACUGAACCUUUGCCGGGAACAAUUCAUCACAAAAAGUUCAGAUCUUAGACUCCAGGGACACAUAUGUGCCUUAAAAAAAAGAAAAAGAUAUCUUGAACAAACAGCUGUUGACACCAGAGGCUACCUACUUACAUUAAGUAUGAUAAAUUAUUUGAAAUCCUGUUUCUGCCCCUGAUGGUCUAACUGCAGUCCAAGUGCGUUUUCUUGCAUUAUCUUUAAUGUUUAAAGAAAAAGAUCUUUGCACAAGCUUGUUCUACAGCUUUUUUUCCUUCCUUCACUUCGCCUCCAGUUUGCACUGAAUUUCUCCUCUGCUCAAACGGAUCUCGCGCAGGAAAUUAGGCAAAAGUCCGGUGCUGUUGCUUCAAUAAUGCUCACUUAUCAACCACAUUGUGUCAUUUUGGUGCUGUCUGUGUUUUCCACAAAGAGGCUGUUGAAAUUGUGUUGAUGUGUAAUAAUGUGGUAUUUUUUUUUUCAAAUAAAAAUAAGAAAA